AUCAGGAAGAUGCUGCGCAUCCAGAAGGAGCAUCGCGUGGACUUCCCGCGCUCCAAGAACCUGACGGGCGAGUGCAAGGACCUCAUCUACCGCAUGCUCCAGCCCGACGUCAACCGGCGGCUGCACAUCCACAAGAUCCUCAGCCACUCGUGGCUGCAGCCCCCUGAGCCCAAGGCCAUGUCUUCUGCCUCCUUCAAGAGGGAGGGGGAGGGCAAGUACCAGGCCGAGUACGAGCUGGACACCCGCCCAGGCUCGAGGCCCGACCACCGGCCUGAGCACAAGCUGGGGGCCAAAACCUAGCACCGACUGCUGGUGGUGCCGGAGAACGAGGACAGGAUGGAGGACCGGCUGGCCGAGACCUCCAGGGCCAAAGACCAUCACAUCUCCGGAGCUGAGGUGGGGAAAGC